AUGACUGCAUGCGAUACGGUCUCCAGUAGACGUGUCGUGGAAGAGAACAAUAGCGAAGUCGGGGAGAAUAGCGCGGCUUACGGAGCUUCCGCAGAACUUCAAAUUCCGACUCCGCGAAUUCUCCAACCCAAACCGUCCAAUCUUGACGUCUUUGGUCAAUUACAAUUACUAUCCUCGCCAGUUAAGGAGGAAAUUGUCGAAAUCAUGGCUCCUCUUGUCCCCGUCUUCUCCGCCGAGUCCCUCCCCGAUCAUGUCAAUACCGUCCGCCGGAACUUCCAAGAGAAGCGUCGCAAAGGCCACCCCGUCGACCUGAAGGAGUGCCCAUUGCUCGAAAUGACACAGUUCUCCUGCAAUCCACCUCAAAAUGGGAUUCCUGAACCAGGGGUUGUGGUGUGCAAGCCGGUGGUGCGAUUGUUCCGACGCUGCGCUGGGGGAUUGACGAUCGAAACAACAUCCUGGGAACCACUUAGGUUGGCAGAGGAAGCGAAACAAAAACCAACAGCCAGUACGAAACAGUGA